AUGGAUGUACACCUAUAUGUUGGCAACCUGUCACCGCGAGUGACGGAGUAUAUGCUCACUGAGACUUUUGCCAAUGCUGGAGCUGUGCAGCAUCUCAAAAUUAUUCCUGAUAGAAAUUACCAACACGGGGGCCUAAACUACGCCCUUGUUAAAUACUUUGACAUACAAUCUGCUAAAACAGCAGUGCAGACCUUGAAUGGUCUGAAACUCUUUGAUACUGAAAUUCAAGUCAGCUGGGCCAACCAAAUCCAACAAGAUACAAUAGACACACCGGGUCAGCACCGUGUCAUUGUGGGAGAUCUUAGUCCUGAGGUCAACGAUGAAGUCUUACGCAAAGCUUUCUCUGCGUUCGGCUCACUAUCUGACGCUCGAGUCAUCUGGGAUUUACAAUCGGGUAAAUCCCGCGGUCAUGGUUUCCUUAUAUUCAGCGACAAGACCGAUGCAGAACAAGCCAUAGCUACCAUGAACGGUGACUGGCUGGGAUCUCGCGCAAUGACAGUUAGCUGGGCCAACCAGAAUCCUCAGGGGAGUUCACAGAAUUCCGAGUCUGUUUCAUUUGACUCGAUUGUGCUGCAAGCUCCCCCGGACCAAACAACAGUCCAUGUCGGAAAUCUUGUCCCUUAUUGUACCCAGGCUGAUCUUAUUCCUCUUUUUCAAUCUCUUGGGUACCUACAGGGUAUUGAAAUGCAUGCCGACCAUGGAUAUGCUUCUGUACAACUAGACACGCAUGAGCAUGCGACAAUGGCCAUUUGCCAACUUCACGGCCAAAUGGUUCAUGGCCGACCUAUUAAAUUAGUGGAAAAGAAACGACGCCCUAUCAAAUAG